AUCCAAACGGGUCCCCUUUCCUUCUCAAUCCAACUUCUGCAGAAUACGACCCUGAUUAUCUUGAAUCGUACGGUAUCAUGGGCCUAGAAGCACCGGAACUGGAGAACGGUCAGCCCCACGUCACCUUGGACAGAUUGAAAGACUGAGAAUUGAGGCUUCAAAAAUUUUCUGUUGUAUUUUGGAGGGUCUUCCAAGUAAAGCUACACCCCAGAAGCAACGUCUUUUAAAUCCCGGGAGAGAGAUAGAGAGACAGGGAGGGAGCGUUUUAGAGAGAUAGAGAGAUGGGAAGAGCGUUUGUUUAUGUAAUUUUAGGAGGAGGGGUUGCAGCGGGCUAUGCAGCUCUUGAAUUCACGAAGAGAGGAGUCCCUCAUGGUGAACUCUGCAUAAUCUCCGAGGAACCAGUUCCACCGUAUGAGAGACCAGCAUUGAGCAAAGGAUUUUUACUUCCAGAAGAUCCUGCAAGACUUCCAUCCUUUCAUACUUGUGUUGGUGCUAAUGAGGAAAGGCUCACUCCGAAAUGGUACAAGGAGCAUGGAAUUGAGUUAGUUCUUGGAACUCAAGUGAAGUCAGCUGACAUCAGGCGUAAGACACUAAUAACAGCAUCUGGUGAGACUAUAAGUUACAAGAUUCUCAUCAUUGCCACAGGUGCUCGGGCACUGAAGCUGGAAGAGUUUGGAGUGAAAGGGUCAGAUGCUGAAAAUGUGUGUUAUUUACGAAAUUUGUCUGAUGCAACAACACUUGUUAGCCUUAUGAAAUCUCACUCUGGUGGGAAUGCCGUUGUUAUUGGUGGUGGAUACAUAGGAAUGGAGUGUGCUGCAUCUUUGGUCAUCAAUAAAAUAAGUGUCACAAUGGUUUUUCCUGAAGCACAUUGCAUGGCCCGUUUGUUUACACCAAAAAUAGCAAAUUACUAUGAAGACUAUUACAAGUCCAAAGGAGUUGAAUUCGUCAAAGGAACUGUAUUGUCAUCAUUUGAAAUUGACUCAGAUGGGAAGGUCACAGCUGUUAUUCUUAGAGAUGGAAGUCGCCUGCCUGCUGAUAUGGUUGUGGUCGGAAUAGGAAUCCGUCCUAACACAAGCCUGUUUGAAGGUCAACUAACAUUGGAGAAGGGUGGAAUCAAAGUGAACGGAAAAUUGCAGUCAAGCAACAGCUCAGUCUAUGCAGUAGGGGAUGUAGCAGCAUUUCCAGUCAAACUAUUUGGUGAAAUCCGUAGACUUGAACAUGUUGACUCAGCAAGAAAAUCUGCAAGACAUGCUGUGGCUGCAAUAAUGGAACCAGACAAAGCAGGUGAAUUUGACUACCUACCAUUCUUCUACUCCAGAGUCUUUGCCUUGUCCUGGCAGUUCUAUGGAGACAAUGCGGGAGAAGUAAUCCAUUUUGGGGAUUUCUCUGGAAGCACAUUCGGAGCUUACUGGGUCCACAAGGGUCAUCUUGUAGGAUCUUUCCUUGAAGGUGGAACCAAAGAGGAGUAUGAAAUUAUAGCCAAGGCCACCAGGCUUAAGCCAGCAAUUGAAGAUACAGCCGAGUUGGAGAGGCAAGGUCUGGGCUUUGCAUUGACAAUUAUUCAAAAACCACCAGAGUCAACUGCUGCUGAAAUUCCUCAAUCUGAUUUUGUUUUUCAAAAAACAAUCUAUCCUUGGCACGCAACAGCCGGAGUUCUUGUGGCUGCAUCAGUAGCUGCAUUUGCAUAUUGGUAUGGGAGGAAGAGGCACAAAAGGUGGUAAGAAAAUGUUUUGAUGGUGUUAAUCCUGCAAGGUGUUGGGGUUUCUUGAUGUGUCUAGCUCGGUCAUUCCCAUGUUGCUGCAUGAAUAGGACUCUGAGGAGUUUGAAAUACUCUUGAGUUAUUAUUUUGAUAAGCUCAAAAUAUAAAUGAAUACACAAAUGUAUCUUACUACCACGUAUGUAGAGAUCUGUAAUUUUAUGUCAUCUAUAAAAUUUGAAUUCACAGA